UGUCUUCCGAUAACUUCUGAGAGCCUCCCAUUCUCAUUGCUCACUAUUAGCCUCCAUCCUCUUAUUUUUUUUCUCCUAUAAUAACAAAGUUCUUGACCGUUGUCGCUUCCUCCCCGAUAAAAAGAAAAGGUAACGGGAACCAAAAACAGGGAAGGCCAGAUCUCGACCGUCCAGUUGCGAUCAAUGGCAAGAGUUGCAUCCAGCUGUGCUGCCAUCCUCGCACAAAGGAGAGGCCUCUCUGCGGCGAUGACGGUCGCCGAGGAGUCCGUGAAGAGGGUGGAGGAGAAGGCUGUGAAGCUGGGCACGGUGGCUAAGGACAUCGCCAGCGCAAUGGCGACCACGACGGAGGAGAAGACGGCGUUCUGGGAGCCGGACCCCGAGACCGGGUACUAUCGGCCGGUGACCGGCACCAAGGAGGUGGACGCCGCCGACCUGCGCGCCGAGAUGCUCAAGCAGAGGAUGUUGCAGGACUGAAGCAACAAUCCCUAGUGCCUUUUGGUUUUGGUGCAGGCACGGUCUGUCCCUGAAGAUUACCCGGAGAAGAUGGCUGCCGAUUAUAUUGGCCAUCGUUAGGGACCCAUUUGGGAGGAAUCUCGUGUAAUUGAUUGAUGUAGGAACUAAUCUGGCUCUUGCUCGAUUGCUGGGUUCAAAACCUGCCUUGCUACACUUCACAAGAUCUCAAAAGCUAUGAUUCAGAGGUACAUCAUAUAUAUGUUGGGAAUUAUGAGACCAUUUG